AUGGCUAGUCACAUUAAAGACGAAUCCUGGAACGAAGAAUCAGAAGUCUUCAUUCGUAGGAAUAUGGUUCAAACAUUAUCACUGCUGAGUAACAUCGAGUCGUCUACAGAAGAAAAUUUAGAUAAUGGAACGGAAAUUGUCAUAAGAGCUAUUCAAGAGUCAGUGGCUAUGGACAUCACUGAAGUAAAAAAAGCUACUGAAAACGACGGGGAGUUACAAUCGGUUCAAAGUGCCAUAACUCAAUCUGAUUGGAAAAAUGAGAAGGUUAAAGCAUAUGCUCCAUUUCAAGAUGAACUCUCUUACGCAAACAAUCUGCUCAUGCGAGGAUCGAAACUUGUGAUUCCUACAGCAUUGCGUAACCGUAUGCUUAGCCUUGCACACGAAGGCCAUCCUGGGCAAUCAAGUAUGAAAAGGAGACUAAGAGAUCGAUGCUGGUGGCCUAAUAUCGACAAGGAUGUUGUUAUGUGGUGCGAGAAAUGUGAAGGAUGUCGUCUUAUUCAAAUUCCUGGUCCUCCUGAACCAAUGCAUCGUCGACCUUUACCUAGCAAACCAUGGGUAGAUAUCGCACUCGAUUAUCUGGGGCCAAUGCCAACGGGCGAAUAUAUCCUAGUUGUUGUCGACUAUUAUAGCCGCUAUGUAGAAAUCGAGAUAAUGACAGUCAUAACCGCUCGAGAAACUAUCAAACGGCUCGAAAAAAUGUUCAAAUACUGGGGACUUCCUCAAACGAUAACCUUAGAUAAUGCGAAGCAGUUCAUUUCUUCAGAGUUUCACGAAUUUUGCAAUAACACGAAAAUCCACUUGAAUCAUACAACACCAUAUUGGCCACAGGCCAAUGGAGAAGUGGAACGGCAAAAUCGUUCACUUCUGAAGAGAAUGAAAAUCGCCAAUGCUCUAUAUGGUGAUUGGAAAUCAGAAUUACAACAGUAUUUGCAAAUGUUCAACAACACGCCCCACACAGUUACCGGAAAAGCACCAAGCGAGUUACUUCAAAACAGAAAAUUACGAUACAAAUUACCUGAUAUCGGAGAUAUUGAAACAUCACCCCCAAGCACAGACUUUGCUGAUCGAGACCGAUUUCAAAAAUUCAAAGGGAAAGAAUCGGAAGACUUGAGACGAAGAUCUAAGACAAAUUCAUUAGAAAAAGGAGAUAUUGUACUGAUGAAGGAUCUCCAUCCACAGAAUAAACUCUCCACGAACUUUUUGAAAGAGAAGUUCGAAGUUGAAGAGCGUAAAGGAUCGAAUGUUCAAGUUAAAUCAUUGGAAACAGGUAAUGCAAUUGAAAUGAAUAGGUAA